AUAAAAUCAUACUUAAUUACUCUUUGGUUAUCAGAAUUAAAAAAGUUUGAAAAUUCAUGAUCACAAAUUUCCGUUAAUAAUAAAUUUAUCCUUUGAAUACGUACGUAUUGAAUUUCCAGUUCACUCUACCUUUUUCUUAUUAAUUAAAUCGAUCAGCAUUGUGAUUUAUUUGAGAUAUAUUGAAUUGUCAAGUGGACCAGAAAUGUUGACAAUCUGUACAUACUGAAAUAAUACCAAAUGCGGACUUCCAAAGAAACAAAUUCAGGAUCAACAAUGUGACUUCCAUCAUCAAGUUCCAGUGUUUGGUGGGAAAGUACCAGCGGUUUAUGUGUUUGGGGAUUCGAUUUUCGAUGCUGGGAACAAUCACUUCAACAGGAAUUGCACUGCUCAAGCUGAUUUCCCUCCUUAUGGUUCCAGUUUCUUUCACCACCCCACAGGGAGAUUCACCAAUGGCAGAACUGUUGCUGACUUUUUGUCUCAGUUUAUGGGUCUACCAUUGCAAAAACCAUUCCUAGAGGCACAGCUCGAUAUUAUGAAGCGGAAUCAAACCAAUUAUCCUUCCAACGGCAUCAACUUUGCUAGUGCUGGAAGUGGCGUUUUAGCUGCAACAAACCAAGAUAUGAAUGUUACCCCAUUAGGGAUCCAAUUGCAACAAUUCAAAUCACUUGUUGAGCAAAACCAGAUUCAAAAGAAUUUAGAGAAGGAGUCGCUCUUCUUCUUGGAAUCAGGCUCAAAUGACGUCUUCAGCUAUUUUUACCCAUUUCCGGCCCCAACUCUUACCCCGGAUGCUUACGUACAAGCCAUGUUGACCCAAGUUACAAACUUCGUUGACCAAAUUUACAAGCUCGGAGCUAGACGAAUCGCCUUGUUUUCGCUUGGACCUGUCGGAUGUGUUCCGGCCAGGGCCCUUUUGCCCGGCGCGCCGGUUAACCGAUGUUACGGAAAGAUGAAUAAAAUGGUCAAGAAUUACAACAUGGGAUUAGAAAAUAUUGUUAAGGCGAUUCCUACUAAAUAUCCUGGAGCAAUUGCUGUUUAUGGAGAGGUUUAUAGAACCGUCCAAAUUUUCAGAGCUAAUCCUACCCAAUAUGGUUUUACUGAUGUGACAAACGCAUGCUGUGGUUCUGGAACGCUUGGAGGUUUAGUGCAAUGUGGGAAAGAAGGUUACAAAAUGUGCGCAAAGCCAGAUACACAUUUGUUUUGGGAUUAUUUUCAUCCCUCAGAGCGCACUUAUAAGCUCAUUUCAAAGGCUUUGUGGAGUGGAGGCCCCGCCCAAAUCCGACCUAUGAAUGUGAAGACUCUGGCUAAUACUACUUCCAGCAGCUAGAAAUUGGAAAACACCACCUUCAAAUAAGCACAGUUCAUUUUCUCACUCUUCCAAGUUUCAGAGAAAAUUAAACCCUUGUUUCGUACCUUUGAGAUUUGUGCAAUUGUGUGUGUUUUUUGUGGUUAAGUGGAUAUAAUAUCAACAUAAUAUGUUUGCAACAUAGUAUGGUCGCAACCUUUUUCCUAAUAAUUUCUUCGUUAACAUGCUGUAACUUGUAAGGGACUAUUUUCAUUAUUCCUAUCAUUAAAAAAAAAAAAGCAAAAUUUUGUAACAAAAAAUAGUUCGAUCAACAUAAAUUUGCACUUUACUUUCGGUUUAUUCACUAAGAAAUGUGGGACUUUCUUUCGGAGGAAGUACUAUUACUUAAGAGAAAG